AUAGGCUACCAUGAAAUCAAAAAAUCGUCAUCUCCCAAUUCAGUUUCAGGAAGUACAUUUUCAGUUGCUAGUACUAUUGUUGUCCAUGGGCAACAACAUCUAUGUUUUCGUGUAUUUGAGAAUUGUUCGACACUUCAGUAGUACCACGUGCUUAACGUUGUAUUUUAGAUCAUACUUUAUGAAAAAAAUACGAAUUAAGCAUUGUGCAAGUGAAGAAGAAUAUAAAAGAUAAUACCGUCUUACCCCCGCGUCUGUGUAAGUGGACUCGCCCUGCUCGUUGGCGCUCGUGAGGGUUGGUGCUGCGCAGAGAAACACAUCUACGACAUGUUGCCGAGCAACGACAGAUUUACAAGAGACAGAAAACGACUGUCGAAUCCGGUGUAGCAUGAACCAACUGUGCAGGGCGUUAUUGGACAAAGACAGGAUCUUAAAUGUUUUCAAGAAGCAAUUAAAAACAACUGAUAGAAACCCUGGCUCAGUGAACAGAUUCACUGCAGACUGCACAUGUUUAAACCAUUAUAGUAAAGCAGAUGAGCAGCACAAAAUGAAAAGACUGAGGAGCCGCAAGGAGAGGAGUCAGAUGAGAGGUGGUGGGAAAGAAGCCUCCAAGUACAAAUCUCAUCACCAUCACUGCCAUCGCCAAAGCAGUAAAGACAUGGUGGCACAUUUCCAGAACUGCUGUCAUUGUCCUUCAAGGAGAGACUCACCGUUUCCAAACGUCAUUCCUGCUGCACAGGAGCCCAGCAUAAUCACGGACAGUCGCCUGAUAGGACACCAUGGCCUGUUCAACCAUGAGGUGAAGUCUAUCGACAUUGAACGCUUGUUAAGUGAGCAGAGGAAACUGAAGAAAAGUGGACAGCGAGUACAAGAAAAGAACAAUGCUACAUCACGUCCAUCUUCAACAUCUCAAAUUCCCUCUCCAUCCUCCACUAAUGAUUUGGUGGGUGCUGAUACUGAUGAGGUUCUGCCGUUUGAAAAAAAAGCAGCCAGUGAUGAUUACCGGAAGAAAGAGAAGCAAAUCAGUCAGGGAUCAGAUAUUACACCGGGGCAGAGACCACUGCAGCAACUUGCUCUUCCAUCUGAAAGUUUUAAAAGCAUCUCCUCACCCAAACACAGCUCCCUCGAUGUUGUGAUAGUCAUGGCCAAGAAGACUGUCGUGUCUGAAAAGGGCAGAGAGUCACAACUGACUCCCAAUGUGGUGAGAGAGAAAGUGAAGUCAUUAAACAGGAAGGUAAAAGGACACAUGAUUUCUGCUCCAGAGAACACCCCAAAGAACCAGGAGUCUCCUGUCCAGCAAACACAAGGUCGUGGUCUCAGCCCGAGCCCACUUCAGCUCUCCAGCUCACACACUGCUGACAGCUCUGACAUACAACCCAGAACAAUAGAUCCCGACUGUGUCUCUAAGUCUGUCAGUGCAAUGGCAGCAGGUUUGUGUGACUGUCUGCAGUUCCCACUUCUGAGGAGGAGAAACCUGGUGGCAGAGAGCAGGAAGGUGCUGUUGAAAGCUCUACAGGAGAGCCAUGGAUCCCGGCUUCAGGGGAACCUCCACGAGGUGCAGCGAUGCCUGAGCUUUGGUGCUGAUCCCGCAAAAAAAGUCCAGGAUCACGAGCCAACCAUGAUCGAUGAGCUCCUACCUCCAGAUGUAUUCAAAGCAGCGUUUGAAGCCGACACUGCCAGUCAGUCAUGUUUUGACACCCAGAAAACCACAUCUUUCAGAAGGGCGGGAAAUAGACAAUUUAACUGGAAGUCCAGGCCACAACCAAACCAAAACCUGGAACAGACUGCUGAAUGGUUGACCAGCCCUGUGGAUUCUUCUGUCAGCAUUUUGGAUGAUAUCUUCAGACCUUCUUGUGCUCCUCCGUUCUGCAUGGACUUUGAGCCCUCUGAAGUUACAGCCAGUGAUCAUUUGUUCUCUCCAACCUCUUGCUGGGGACACAAAGCCUCGGCAUCUCAGCAUUGGGAAGACAGUUUCAACAGGCAGAGGAGCAACGAGGCUGUUAUGUUUGAUUCCUUUGAAAACGGCUUUAUGAACAACACCAGAGCAGUUCCAGAGAGCAGCAGUGGGUCUCAAUACAGUGGCAGCACCAUCCAGCCUUUCUUUCCUUAUCAAACUCAGCUGCCAGAUGGACGUUCAGCCGAGCAAAUGCAUUAUCCCCAGGAGAAAGACCCAAUGAAAACUGACAGAUACUCCUUUGCUCCCUCCUUCUCAGCCCAAAUGCACCAUCAUCAGCAGAGCUUCCAUCCUUUCAGCCAAUUCAUUCAUCCUUCAACUUGCACUCCCCUCAGCUCCCACCACACUGACAUGAUACAUUACCCACCAUCUCACAUGCUUGAAAGAGACCCAGCAGCUCCCCUUUCUUCUUUCCCGAGCCCUGAGCACUGGUCCUUCCCUCCUAUGAGACUGUACUAAUGUGUGGUGAAGCUCUGCAUAGAGACAUACCUGUGAACAUUUCUUGAGCUUACUUUAAAAAAACAAAACCAACAAUGCUCUCUUAAUUCAUACAAAGAUUUUUUGUUCACAUUCAGCAAAACAACUCAAGAGUUACCUCUUUUAUUGUUUUGUCCCAUUUAUGCUGAGGUAAAGAAACACACAAUUAUGUAUCGUUUACAUCCUAGGAACAUUUUUUAAUAUGCAGAAGUGUACACGUAUCAUAUAACACAGGUGUUAUAAUGGGACAUUAUUUACAGACCAAGAAUUAUAGCCGAGCAUGUGCUAUUGUGAACGUUCUUUUGAUAUUGUGUUGUGUAUGUGGGCGACAUUGAAACGCAUAAUAA